AUGGCGCUGCAAAGCCUGAGUCGUCAUGUGCACGGAGAAGCUAGUAAGAAGGCCUUAGGUCUUCUGCGAAGUAUUUUUCCGACUGGAAGGGCGCCGGAGAAAGAUGGGGAUACGCCAAGGGCAGCUCCCUUCGUGAUAACCAUUGGCCGUCCUCUCAAGCGCCCGGCCGUAAGAGAUCUGCUAGGCUGUGAUGCGAGCUCUUUGGACAUGGAGCAGUGCGGCAGCCUUUCAGUGGAUGCAGCUGAAAACAAAGGGACUACGAAGCUGCUACAAGGGACAUCGGAGCAAUCCUGGCUCCAACUGUGCACCGCAACAAAUGUUGGGCUGGAAAAGCUUCAUUCGGGCGCCGUACUGCUGACUCUCGAAUUACCAUCUGCCGUUCAUGACCAAGCAAACGACACGGUAUUGGAAGCAAAGCAAGACACCGCAUCAGCACGUUAUACCCAGGACAUGCUUGCCUCAGAAAAACGAUCGGCUGAAAGUCCCGUGACAGACUUUCGUAUAAGUGCAACCAGGGGUACAGCCCGUGAUUCCGCUGAGGCCUUAGGAUACCUUUCGGGGGGCAGAUGCUCUUUGACCGAAGCGGCUAUGAUUCAAAGUGUCGCACUGACGCUUGUCGAGGCAGCCGACGUUCUGGUUAUACCUCUUCUUGAUGAGGGGGUUGUUUCCACAUCGCAGUCACAUAACUCUCGGGCAGGUCACGAAUUUGGAGAGCUCCUCUGCAUGGGGAGUACUUCCGGCAGAAAAGAGGGGAGUCCACCAAUAACACUGGCCACGAGUCAGACCACAGACAAAUCACUUCGGACGGAGCCCAAGCCUGUGAAUGCUCAGGUUCGCCUCCCAGACGAUGUUUUACAGCUAUUACAGGCAAUGCGGCAGCUGAUUAACGAGGAGAUUCUAGACAAGGGAGCCAACAGGAGCACAAGACAAUCCCGCAUUUACCCAACCACAUCCGCCGGGCCAUUAUCCCGACAUCGCCGACUGCCGCUCGUCAUCAUCGCCCUCGAGGGUCCGGUGACUAGCGCAAAGCUGGAAGCCCUUGGGUGCGAUGUCCUUGCCGCAGCUCGGGUAGCUGUGAUCAACAUGCAACCACCUGAAGGACGGAAUGAUGGUCGGGAUAAAAUGGGUCGUCUGGUACAAGGGAUUGAGCCCCGAAAUACAUCAGUAAAGCAGAUUGCCGACGCCUUGGCGGAUUUGCUUACCAGGCAGCAUGCUUCUGGCCCUCCCAACACAUUUGAGUUUGCUGCGCAUGCGCUCUCCUCUAACGUGUGCACGGCGGCGUUUAGGCAGUCCUUAGCAGAAGCGCUGAAGGGUCUCCGCCAGCUCCAACAACCGAAUCCUCUGAAAACUUCCGGACAGUCAUUUGGUUCAAUAGCCCAAGUGAUCCUUUUCAAGGCACUCACCCUUUACGACUACCAAACUCGGAGGUAUCAGCUCUCCCUGCACCGUAGAGCACUGCGCGAGGAACUGAAACGGUCUGUCGAGAAGGAAAUUCGUACCAUUUUCCUCAGAGACGAUAGUGGCAUCUACGGAUGCACUGCUUACCUGGUGCGCUGCAGGGAAGCCCUACAAGUAGAAAGCAACGUCAGGCUUAGUCUCCGAGCAGAACUGGUAGCUGCACUACAGAGAGACUCUCGACGUUUUGAAUCACUGGCUCCAGGAAUCGUUGGGAAGGCUUUGAUGACGCUGGAUGAGCGAUUGAGGAGACUAGUACCCGACACAGGUUGCUCUAGUGCUCACCGUUCCAUAAAAUCGUUGCCUUUCAGGCAAGCGAUGCCUCCGGCAUCAGUGGAGCAACCCGUUCUGGCGAAUAUGUGGGACUUGCCAGCUACAGCUGGCCGGAACAGCCAGCUGUGCCGCAGCUUGUACCAUUCUCUGCUUGAAAUCCGCUUUUUUCUUAUUCAGAAGUCAGCCAGGGAGUUUCCCGCCAUGGCUGCGGAGUUAUCUGGGUUUACAAACGAUAGCGAAGGCCUGGAGAGCGGUCGACAUGCCGCUUUCCGUCUACAGCCUAAAGUUCACUUUGAAGUAGAAGUAGAUUGA